AUGGAGCCUGUUGUUAAUGUCGUUAUUGCAGUAUCUGCCUGUGUUAUUUUCGCGUUGAUUGUCAUAGGCUGUGUCUCCUAUAGGAAGAAAGAGCCUUUGUCUCAGCCACGAGAUUUGGAAACGGGUGUAACGGGAACAAAAGAUGGAGGACUUGUUGUUUUGACAGGAAAUGAUGCCACCACAGCUGUUGUAGCUGCAGCUGUGGUGAUGGUGGAGGAGAUGGCGGCGGUUGUGGAGGUUGCGGCGGCUGUGGAGGUUAAGGGUUUCGUAUAUUGUGGGAUUUGA